AUUUUGUGCGUACAUAAGGAUAAUAUUCGUAAUCGACAGUUUUCACAAAAAUGGCGAUGCAUAAAAUGGGACAGUACUGUACAUUUUGUCAGCUAAACUACAGAUGCAUACGUGUGUAUGUGUGGACACAAAUGAGUGUGUAGAAAUUUGCAAGGAAAAACAAAAGAAAAUUCCAAGUCCGACGUGCAGAUCGAAGCUUGCCGUUUAGGAAAGUGCGGUGGGAAUACUCAUCGUUAUUCGCAUGAAUUUCCCACAGAAGCAGAACGGUAACACUAGGCACACUGACAACUUGCCUCGUCGAUUGCGGAAAAGCUCUGUUAUCGUUUAACGUACACCAAAUAUUUAGGUAAAAGGAGGUAUUCUCGAAUUUGGUAGCUAAUAGCGCAAAACUGUACGAGCUAGAGUACUGACACGCAUUAGUCGAGGUGAAGCGAUGAGGAAAUGAUUCAUGAUUCCUCAAACGUCGAUCCGCACGGAAGUGAAACUAUCAUCCGACCGGUCCCUUCAAUAAUUCAACCAUCACCGAUCACGUGGUGGUUUCUACGCGAGAAAACGGACCAACACCGGGAGCAGCAGGAACAGCUCGGAUAUACCGGCUGCCUGGAAGCGAUUUACAAUACAGCACAGCUUUAUCUACACGAAACGCUGGAUCAUCUCGCUCUAGUGCUACUAGCCUACAGCAUACUAUGUAUCGUACUUUACCGGGUGCUGUUUCACCGUGCGGCCGGUUCAGGAUACCGCCGAUGGUUGGUGCGGCGAAGCCAUCUGCCGCCUUGCAAUCGUGCCCUGCUCGUAACUGCACAUCCCGAUGACGAAGUGAUGUUCUUCGGCCCAACGAUACUGGAGCUACGGCGCCGGCAGUGUCGUGUGUUUGUCCUCUGCCUUUCUGAAGGGAAUCACGACCGGAAAGGAGCUGUCCGACGCCAGGAGCUGUGGGAUGCAUGCGAAAGUCUGGGUGUGCGACCCGAAGACAUAACGUUGGUGAACGCAACACAUCUUCAAGACGAUCCGACAGCCGAAUGGAAAACGGUUACGAUCGCCAACCAGCUGCUCCGUCAGCUUGAGUCGCUCGAUGCGGAAUUGUUGAUCACGUUCGACAAAGACGGUGUCAGCGGGCAUCCUAAUCAUUGUGCAAUUUACUACGCGACGGCUUCACUGUGUCUUUCCGGGAUGAUACCGAGCAAUUGUAAAGUAUUAACGUUAGAAACGGUGAACCUGUGCCGAAAGUAUUUGUCAAUAUUUGAUCUUCCGGUUACAUUGCUGCUGUCUACCAAUUGGGUAAUUCUUAGCUGGAGGGCUCGUCGUGCUGUCCAGAAUGCGAUGCGUUUACACAACUCCCAAAUGGUGUGGUUUCGCAAGCUGUACAUAGUUUUCUCCCGCUACAUGGUGAUCAAUUCGUUGCGCGAAAUCAACAAAUCCGACGUAGAGUUUGAAAUACUGGACACCUAAGCAAACGACGUCCGCCACAAAAAACGCUCGUCGGUGGUUCGGAUCUGUUAGUCAAGUGUGUGCACCCAAAGCUUCCACGCUUCUUCCGCCAGCGGGACCACCGUCUUUAUAGCGAAACGAACACACUAGAUGGAUAGUGAGUGAGUGAAGGAAGAACAAACAAAGAAUAAGGACGUUCCUAGUUGCAAAUGAUGAUAAAUGAUAAGUACGAUGCGCUUUCGCUAGUCUUCGUUUUUAUGUUCUUACCCCGUAAGUAGUUGAAUGCCCAAGUAGUGUCCGAUCGGAGGAUGCGGAUAGGUAAAUGAUUUGGACAACAGCAGUCCAUUGCGGCAUUUUAAUCGAAUUAUUUGUUGAACUCUGUUGCAUUGAAUUCAAAAUUCUUGAAUAUUAUGUGAGUUGCUAUGGAAAAAUAUAAGUAGAAAUUUAUGCUGAUUUAGCACUGUAUAGAAAGAAAACGCCACCCGGUCCAAUUACAUAUGCUAAUUAGUUAUGUAAAAUUCGUUACUGAAAAACAAACACUUUUGCUUUUAGGUUUUGUAACACUUCUUGGAAUUUAUGAGCUUUUGGAUAAUAAAUCUAACUGGUAAUUUC